AUGACAGAUGUUCCCCUGGAUACAGAAAAGCCUCUAAUGGAGGAUUCCAUGUCUGCUGCUAUGACUGUGUCCCAUGUUCUGAGGGAGAAAUGUCCAAUGUUACAGAGAAGGAAAGCUACCAGUAGAGAGAGUGAGAGAUUACAGAUGUUAGUUAAGGUUGGGAUGAGCAAAGGAGACAGAGAUUUAUUUACUUGUGAUGGUAUAGGCUCAAGAGGAGAGGUAGUAGAGGAGCAGGCUGAGAAGAGUGUUGACACUUCAUCUACACUUGUGGGAUCAAAUGGGGAGAGAAUGCCAGAAGACAGUGACAGCUGCCAUAGAUGUCCUGAUGAGGAGUGGCCGGAUGAGAGAAAAGUGAGAUGUGUCCCCAAAACAUACGACUUUCUGUCAUAUGAAAAGGACAAUGUGGCACUAAUUUCCCCAGUAACCGCUUCAUCUUUCUCUGCCGUAACAUUAUUUAUAUUAGGGAACUUUAUUUAUUACUGGAACACUCCAAUUGUGAAAGCCAACAACCGGGCUGUAAGCUUCAUUCUCCUGGUCUCAAUCUUGCUGAGCUUUCUCUGUGUAUUCUUGUUCCUCGGCCAGCCGGUGGAUGUAACCUGCAGGCUGAGACAGAUGUCAUUUGGGAUCUUCUUCUCCACAGCUGUCUCUUCUGUACUGGCCAAGACUGUCACUGUCUGCAUUGCUUUCAAAGCCACCAAACCUGGUAGUCCCUGGAAGAAGUGGGUAACACUCAAAGUGUCUAAUUAUGUGGUCAUUGUGUGCUCCUCUGUCCAAGCUCUAAUCUGUGCUAUGUGGCUGUCAGUUUCUCCUCCAUACCAUGAGUAUGACCAUAACUCCUAUCAGGGAAUGAUCAUCAUUCAGUGUAAUGAGGGGUCAGUGAUUUGGUUCUACUCUGUGUUGGGCUACAUGGGGAUCCUGGCAGCUGUGAGCUUUGUUCUGGCUUUCAUGGUGAGGACAUUACCGGACAGCUUUAAUGAGGCCAAGUACAUCACCUUCAGCAUGCUGGUGUUCUGCAGUGUCUGGAUUGCAAUGAUCCCAGCCUAUCUGAGCACCAAAGGGAAAGACGCGGUGGCUGUAGAGAAAUUCGCCAUCCUGACCUCAUGUGCUGGAGUUCUGGGCUGUAUAUUUUUCCCAAAACUCUACAUUCUGCUUUUCAGAACUGAUUUGAUCUCCAGAAAAAUGAUGCUGGGAAAGAACUAA